AUGAAGAGUAUAAAAGAGGCUGCGAGAGUUUCAAUGAUAACCAAAAGACUCUUUGCCUCUAAAAUGCCAGGAAGAUUCGAAGGAAAAUUCUAUAAUGAUAUGGGAGCCAACCGAUCGUCGAUUCCAAUUGGUUUUGCCGGACGUCCCGAACACAUUGCAAAGACUAUUGCAUUUUUGGCGGAUCGAGAUUCUUCGGAAUAUAUUAUUGGGCAGAAUAUUGUAGCUGAUGGUGGAACUACAUUAGUGUUGGGAAUCCAUGCGAAUGUGUUGAACUCGUUGAGCAAUUCUUCGUUUAAAAAAUAG